CCUAGCCCUGUAUCAGUUGACUAACCGCACGCCAACUAGCAUGGGCGAUCUCCGGCACCGUGCCGUGCGCUUGCCAUCGCACCAAGUCCAUGAGGCCGCGACAGCACCGACACAUCGGCGGAGCAUCAGUUUGGCCUUGCUUACGCUUCUCAUCGUCGGCGUCUCCCUGCACGUCAUCGUGACGGGCAAACUCCCGCUGCCCGAUCACAUCCAGGAGCGGCUUGGCAUCGAUUCGAUGCCGCUCCACCUGCGUCAGUAUAUCAAGCGCUGCAGCAAAGACCAUCACGACAUAGCAUCGAGCAGCCACGAUACCACUUUCUUGCGUCCAAGCACCAAUGUCGAUCAAGUGCGCGUGGUGAACGCGACACGAUGGGCGUGGCAGGCGUACCGCGACCACGCCUACGGGCACGACGUUUUCGACUCGCGGUCCAAGUCUGGACAUGCGUGGAACGAGCACAACCUCGGAAUUACCCUUAUUGACGCGCUUGAUACGCUCUACAUCAUGGGCAUGCGCACAGAGUUUGAUGAAAGCGUGCGUUGGGUCCGAGACGUCUUUCCGUCCAAGCUCGCUCAUGGUGGCACAGUCAGUGUCUUUGAGACAACAAUUCGCGUUCUCGGCGGACUCUUGUCAGCUUAUCAUCUCUCAGGCCAACAUGAACUACUUUCUGCGGCCGAUGCCCUCGGACAGCGACUAAGCCACGCAUUUACACAGACACCGUCGGGGUUUCCACACCCAUUGUUGACGCUCUUCAACGGGAAGAGCGGAGCAGUGGUUGCUACAACGCUCGCCGAAGUAGGCACGCUUCAGCUCGAGUUCCAGUACUUGACACAACUCACUUGCAACCAAAAGUACCGCAAAGCGGUGGACGUUGUCAUGGAUCAAUUGCUCUACGAAAUGACGAACCGCUUCCCAGACGGACUGGUGCCUGUUGGCGUCGACUCUGAGUGGGGCGGGGUUCACGAAGAAAGCGACAUUUCGUUCGGCGCCGAUGGUGACAGCUAUUAUGAGUACCUCCUCAAGCAGUGGCUUUUCACUGACAAGCAAGACGACCGUUUUAAAGAUGCUUACGAGACCUCGAUCUCUUCGAUGCGGACGGAGCUUAUCCGCACGGCCAAAGGCCCCGGAAAGCUUACAAUCCUUGGCAGCUCGGUGCUACGUGCUGAUAACACGCGGUCGUUCCAUGCCAAGAUGGACCACCUCUCGUGUUUUGUGCCAGGUAUGCUAGCUCUCGGCGCCCUACACGGUAUGCCAUCCUGGCACCAUGACCUCGCCAAGGACCUCAUGCGCACGUGCUACAUGAUGUACCACGAAACGCCAAGUGGAUUCGCACCGGAAGUGGUCUAUUUCGACGUCGAAGGCGAAGUGAAGGUCGUGCCCCCGACGCGCCAGCGUUUCAAGCACAAUGACCCAAAUGCUCGCCCGUACUUUGAAGCACCCGACUUUUUCUGGCCGAUUGACGACCCGUCUAAUGUCCACGCACUGCGACCCGAGGUCGUCGAAAGCCUCAUGCUGCUCUACCACACAACGGGCGACGAAGUGUACCGCGAGUGGGGUCGCGAAAUUUUUCAAGCUUUCGAGACACACGCACGUUUGACGACGGGCGGCUACGCAACAGUCCAUCGGCUCCACCUCAAAACGCCCCGUUCUACGCAUGGAAUCAUGGAGAGCUUCUUCCUCGCCGAGACGCUCAAGUACUUUUACUUGCUCUUUGCCGACACGACGGCCGUCCUACCGCUUUUGCAACGCUAUGUCAUGAACACAGAGGCACACCUCUUUCGUAUCACGAGCAGUAUGAAUUAAUACACGGCGGCAGUGACGAGGAUCGUCUGGAGCAGCUGCGACGCAAUCUCUUGGAUCAAAA